CAUUGGCCUUGAAACUCUAUAUCUUGGCCUUGUAACAUGUGGCCUUGGCCUUGUAACAUGUAGUCUUGGCCUUGCUACUUUUGGUCUUAUUAACAACGCUGCAGCUUGUUUGACUUCUUUAUCAAUCCAUGGUUUUAUACAAGAUCCUUUUAUUUCUUUUUUAGUUUUAAUGGCUGAUGAUUCUAAAAUAAAUACAAUUCCGAUUAGUUCAAUCUUUUCUGAUGAUCUCCAGGAUCAAGUUAGAGAGAUUGGCGAAAAUGCAGUGUGGUCUUUAUCUUCAUGUAAACCAGGUUUUGGUGUAUCUGAACUACGUGAUAAUAAAUUAACAACUUAUUUUCAAUCAGACGGACCUCAACCACACCUCAUAAACAUUCAGUUUCCAUGGAAACAAGCAGUAAGGUUUGUAUCAAUAUACACCGAUUAUAAAUCAGAUGAAAGUUAUACUCCAAAUAGAAUUUCUAUUCGUGUUGGAAAUGAUAAGCAUGACUUGAAACAAAAAGAGCUUCUAGAACUAGAUGAGCCUUGUGGGUGGAUAAAUGUCGAAUUGGAUAACAAUGGAAACACUCUUAAGACAUUUAUGAUUCAAAUUGCGGUUUUAGGAAACCAUCAAAAUGGAAGAGAUACACAUUUAAGACAAAUAAAAGUUUUUGCUCCAAAAGUCAAUUCAACAAGUUAUAAAAUACCAUCUAUUGAACAGCUGAAUGAUCCUGUUUUAACUGAGUUAAGUUGCAUAAGAUGACAACACUAUAUAAAAUAAAAAAUCCGUUAUCAACAUAAAUAAAUUAAUUAGAUAAACCAAAGAGGGACCAUAUAAUAUAAUUUGUUAAUAAUUUUUCAAGUUAAAUUAUUGUUAUUUGUUACAUAGUGUUAGUUUUACUCAAUUAAAAAGAGUAACAAAAAUUUAUUUAUCAGUUAA